CGCUUGGCGAAAGCGCACGUGCGACGGCCCCACCCCCACUUAGUUGCCUCCCAAAAGCGCGAGUGAAUUUUUGGCGCGCAUUUUUGUCAACGUUUAAUUGCAUCAAUUAUUUGGCUUUUUUUUUAAGUGUUUGUCAGGAGGCUUCUUUGCAAGGGUGCAUGUUUGUGUGUGCGCGCUUAUCGAAAUAAUUAUAGCCGUGGAUGUAACUUUGUCUGCGAGUGUGUGGCUAAUUGCAGGGCGCACUUGCAAUAUUCAUGGGACAAGUGCAGCGACACCGGACUGAAUAAUUCACCAGAAGUAGCAGUUCUUAUUUUGCGACUAGGCCGGCACAAAAACAAAAAAACCAAAGGAGGUGCAAAGAAAAAGCCGGCGAUCCGACGAACAUGUAAAUCGAAGCUCAAAUGGCAGCGAGCAACAAGCCCCAGUACAGGUACAAAUCCCACGGCGCCGCCCUGGAGUGCCUCCUGCACCUAAUCCUGUUCAGCAGAGUUGUGCGUCUGGAGGUCUUCGCCGAAGAGGUAACCACAGCAGCCAGCCUUUCAGAAGAAUGGGGCUCCGGCUGGCGGGGCACCAAUUUCCUGGUGGAGGUCGAGCAAACCGCUCCCAUUUCGCCGCCCUCCUCGUCCUCGGCGUCCUCGAAUGGCAGCGAGGAUUAUUUGGGGGAGCUGGGGAGUCAGGAGGUGGACGAUGGAUUCACAACAGGUGCCACAACAGGAGCCUCCAAUGCCACCACAGUGGAAACAGGACCCAAGAUCAUCGUGCGCACCGAGGAGGUACUGAUUGUGGGCCUGGUCUUGGUCCUCUGGGUGGGCGCCAUCAUGCUCUUCUUCAACCGAUGGGGCAAGAUCCGGAUGCUGGAGCCCUAUCAGCCCAAGUUCCAGCAGCAGCAUCGCAGCUCCUGUCCGCUGGUCGAUUUGGAUGCUGUAACCACGCACCAGCGCUCCUCCGUGUCGCGCAUGUCGAUGGGCAUGGUGCACAAUCUCAAUAUGCCGACGUGUCAAUUUGCGGCCUAUAAUCCCAACAUUUAUGCCAAGGGUUACGCCUCGCAUGUUUCGGCGUCGCGUCCCCGCCAGAAUUCGGUGUUUGUGGGGGCCAGUACCAGUCACUAUUUGAUGCCAAGGCCACCGAGGAAGACCCGAUCGGCGAUGGACCUGCACUCGAUGGUGCUGGACGAGAGUGCCGAACAGGUGUAGGAUUCCGGGGGUAGUCCUGUGGCCAAGGAUCCUUGGGAGCGUGUGCUAAGUCAGUCUGUAAGUCGUUGAGAUGAGGUGGUGUGAGUGCGCGUGUGCGGUCCAUUUUCUUCGAGUGUUUCAAGUCGAAAAGUAUGCCACAUUCUUUUGGCAACUCUUAAGUACAUUUGACAUAUAGUACUAGUUCAACAAAUAGUAUUCAAAAUGCCAGAAGAGAAUGGAUUAGUGGUGGUAGUAAGAAUGAGGUUUUCUUUUAUAAUGGGGUGCCUAAAAGUGAGAGAGUUCGGAAUGAUUGCUGGAAUAGCACUGUCCAAUACUUGCAACCACAUAUAUAUAUAAAUUUGCCACUCACAACUAACUCUAUGCCAUUUCCCAACUAUCUCUGUCGCACACACAUUCAUUUCUGUGCUGGCACAGAGUCAAUUUGAGUCAAUUUUUUUUGGACAAACAAUAAAUUAUGAAGUAAACAUACCGAAAAUAUGUAGAAGUAUAUAUCCUAGCGUAUUCUAUUAGCCCUAUCCAGUGUUACUCAACGUAGUCUAUAACCUAGCCCGAUUUUCCUAGCGUGUUUCUCCUACUUCACAUUAUUGGAUACCAGAGAAAAUUGUUAAAUUAAACAUAUGUAUACACGUUAAGUACAUAGGUAAAUGUAUCUGCGAAACUGUUUAGUUCGUAAGCCCAAAGCUCAAAAAUGUAUCAGCAUACAACUCCAAACUCGACCAAAGUACCCGUGUUAAUAUCUUUUCCCAGCACCUCUGUAUUGCACUUUAAAAUGUAUCGUAACUUAAGUAAUUUCGACCAACAAAAGCCGGAAAAGUACGCAGUUGGGGAGGAGAAUGAGGUAUGGGCAUAAUUAGAGAUGGAAAAGGAACAACUAACUAACGAAAGCUUUAAAUUCCUUGGGUCUCCUGGGGACCUACAAAACCAAAAACCCAUCCAGAUCGAAGUAAACUAAACCAAAGCUGCGAAUUAUAUAUUUAAGACCUAAGAUAACUACAGAUGUGUGUAAGUCUCUACCAAAAACAAAAAAAAAAGUCUUGUGGAAAAUAUGCGGAUCAAUGUACACUUUACCAAAACUAAAGGAAUAUAACCCCAACUUAACGAUAACUCACACACUCAGACAGUUUUUCCUCACAAAUCUGAAGCUAAACGAAUAAAUUGUUGAAUAUUAAUGUUUAA